AUGGCGGAAUCAUCUCCAGUGACCGUCGUCUGCGUCGGCAUGGCAGGCUCCGGAAAGACGACGUUCAUGCAGAGGAUUAACUCCCAUCUACAUUCAAAGAAGCAGCCGCCAUACGUGCUGAACCUUGACCCCGCAGUCCACUCCGUUCCGUUCGAAAGCAACAUCGAUAUCCGUGACGCCAUCAACUACAAAGAGGUCAUGAAGCAGUAUAACCUGGGACCUAACGGAGGUAUUUUAACAUCCUUGAAUUUGUACGCAACAAAGGUCGACCAGAUCAUCUCCCUGCUCGAGAAGCGCGCUGCGCCGAACCCCGAGAACCCCGCCGCAAAGCCGAUCAAGCAUUUUCUAGUCGAUACCCCGGGACAAAUUGAAGUUUUCGUAUGGAGUGCGUCUGGCAGCAUCCUACUUGAGACAUUUGCUUCCUCGUUCCCUACCGUGAUUGCCUACAUUAUUGAUACGCCCCGCACGAGCUCGACGAGCACCUUUAUGAGCAAUAUGCUCUACGCAUGCAGUAUUCUAUAUAAGACCAAGCUUCCGAUGAUUUUGGUAUUCAACAAGACGGAUGUUCAGGAUGCAGAGUUUGCCAAAGAAUGGAUGACCGAUUUUGAUGCGUUCCAGAAGGCACUCCGCGAGGAAGAGGAGUCUGGUCAAUUUGGAACUGAAGGCGGGGUUGGCGGUUUUGGUUCUGGAAGCGGAUACAUGGGAUCUCUUCUCAACAGCAUGAGCCUCAUGCUUGAGGAGUUCUAUCGGCAUCUGAAUGUCGUAGGGGUCAGUGCGAUGACUGGUGAUGGAAUUGACGAAUUUUUCGAAGCGGUCGAAGAGAAGCGCAAGGAAUUCGAGAAGGACUAUAAGCCGGAGCUUGAGCGACGGAAGAAAGAGCGCGAGGAAGCACAGGCGAACCAACGUGAAGUCGAGCUUGGAAAGUUGAUGAAGGAUAUGAACGUGGGUGGCUCUCGUCAGGCUAAAGAGGAGCCCGAGACUGUCAGUGAAGCGGAGGAGGAGGCUGAAGAAAGAGCUGCAGCAGUAGGGAGGGCCUACGACCCAGAGUCGGACGACAGUGACGACGAGAAUGCGCCUCCAGCUGGAGACGAUGAAGGGCUCAGCCAGCGGUAUCAAAGCGCACUGGAAGACUCCAAUGCUGCGCCGUCUGAUCAAGACUUUAGCUUUGUGCGAUACCUGCAUAAAAGCAACCUCAACCGCUAG